AUGAAACUGUCAGCUUCCUCAGUAGAAGAAUCUGUUGAUGCUAUUGAAUUAGGCGAGUUCGUUGCUUUUAUCGGAAAAAUUCUGGUGGGAAACGAGUGUUAUCUGCUGGUUGUUGUUGAAUGCACCCCGGUAGCUACAUAUCCUUGUACGAAUGAUACAAUCAAUCAUAUUGAUAGGGUGGUUGCGAUACCAGUGGAAAAAGAUGGCCUGCCUUGUAAGCCAGUCAUAUCUCCGUCAAAAUUGGAAAAGAUUAAAAUUUCACGGAAAAAGGUAAUGCAUUUUAUUACGGGGAAAGGGAAUUCGAUUCGAUUGAUCGACGAAAUUCUGCAGCUUUUUAAUGGUGGUGAUUUCUAUAUUUGUUUCAAAAGAGAUAUCACAUUAAAUACCCAAAGUAACUUUUCCACAAGACAUACGAAUAAGUGGUUCUUUUGGAAUUAUGCAUUACUUUCUGAUCUCUUUAACGAUGAGGGCUUUCCUCAUCCAGGAACUGAAGAAUGGAUCAUUCCAGUAUGUCAAGGCUUUGUCGCUGAAAGAGAGGUAUCAGUUGAGGCUGAAACCAAGUUGGUAAUAACACUGAUAUCAAGGCGAUCUAUAAAUUGUGCUGGUGUACGGUAUCUGAAACGGGGUGUCGAUGGAGAUGGUGAUGUUGCUAAUUUCGUGGAAACCGAAGUAGUGCUAACAAUUUUUGGCCAUUGUCUCUCUUAUGUCCAAAUACGAGGAUCUGUUCCAGUUUUUUGGACUCAACAAGGAUAUCGUUAUCGUCCACCACUAGUGAUAAGUAAAACGUUCGCUGAUUCUUACCCAGCUUUCAAUAAGCAUGUUACGAAAAUGAUAGAAACUUAUGGCGCACCUUUAACUAUUGUUAAUUUAGUGGAGCAAAGAGGAAGAGAAAUGCAGCUUUCGGUGAGCUUUCUGCAGCAUAUCCUUCACAUGAAUUCGCCAAACGUUGCUUAUUUUACAUACGAUUUUCAUUUUCGUUGUCGAGGACUUCGCUUUCAUAAGGUUGCGGAUUUGAUCUCAGCACUGACUGAGCAAAUUUCUGCUAUAGGUUUUUGUUGGGUUGAUAAAUGUGGUGAAAUAGUACGCCAGCAGCAAGGUGUUAUCCGAACAAAUUGCGUAGAUUGUCUGGAUAGGACCAAUGUCGUACAGUGUGCAGUAUCGCAAGCGCUAUGCCUAGUCCAGGCACAGAAACUCGGCAUUGUUGGCCCUCAAACGAAUGCUCCGCUUGAACUUAUUCAAGCGUUACAAACGAUGUGGGCUGAUAAUGGUGACGCUAUUUCAAGGCAGUAUGCUGGUACCGAUGCCUUGAAAGGAGAUAUAACUCGAAACGGUCAAAGGAAUUUGGUGGGUAUGGUUAAGGACGGAUAUAAUUCAGCUUCACGGUACUAUUUGUCUCACAUGAGGGAUGCACAGCGGCAACUUGCAGUUGAUACUCUCCUGGGGAUGUCUUUGGAUGCAGGCGAAACACAAGGUGAACAGUUUGAGGGUGAAGAUGAAGAAGUUGAAAGUAUAGGUCGACUGGUCCGCGAAGCAAUUCUUUUUAUCCUUCCUGAGAAAGAGAUACUCGUUGGUGGAUGGGCCUUAGUUGAAGGAUCAAAUAGUACUGAUCAAAUUGAUAGCGUAUUGGUAUUGACAAAAACGGCUGUUAUAAUUGCUUCAUAUGACGAUGAUACGAAACUCUCGGAUGUGAAGCAUAUCGAUUUCGAUGAAAUUAGCGGUUUAGAGUAUGGUCACCUGGGCAAGUCAUCACGAACUCAUCUAAGAUUAUGUUCAAAAUCAGGUGAAUUAUUCACCUGGCGAGCAGCAAAAACUCGUUUGUUUAACAAUGUUGCAAUUCAACUCAGGGCAGAAGACGAAGCGGAUGAGUAUAUUCAGGCAAUUGGCGAACAGAUAAAGGUGACUAUGUCAUUGGCUGGAUAUAUUAUCAGCUUUUCUUAUGUUCCAGUAUUGAGCAAGCCUGAAACAACCGAUAAAAACAAAAGAAGAAUGAUGAAUAUGGUGGCAUCGGUUUUCCGAUCGCGAAGUGAUUGCUCUAUGAGAUCACAGUUUGAACACACUACUUUCUCGAGGUUGGGUGAUCUCACUGAUGAUGUGAUAACUUCCCGUGUGGAGAAAGGUAUACGCGUUGUAGACGAUAUGAUUUCAAUCAUGAGUACCUCACCUGGCGAGUCUACUACAGUUUCUGUAGAGUCUGGGAAUUCCAAAUCGAAUGGGAAAAGAGAGGACCGAUUACAAGAAAAACAGAACAAUAACAAAAACUUGCUUAAAAUAUCACACAUAUGUUCUUCGAAGUCUGAUGAUCAUUUAACCGGCAAAACGGAUGAUUUCAUUUCGCUGCUCCAAAAAUUUAAAUUGGCUACUUCAAGGAGUAGUUAUGCUGUGACUGCGAAUGUUUCUAACUUUCAGGCAGUAGAUUUUUCGAAUAAUGUUUUUUCAAAGUAUAGGCAACAAAUUCUCGACUCAAAAUCACGUAUAAUAUUGUUAUAA